GUCUGGUGUACAGUACUGACUUGAUCAACAUGUCUGUCCGUGUUUUAGAAAUGAUAUUUUUUAUUUAUUUUGCUUCGCAUAUUCCCAUUACUCUCUUCAUUGACUUUCAAGCAUUGCUGCCUGAACAUUUCUAUCCACAAAUGCUCAAAGAUUUGUUGCGGUGGUAUGCAACUGAAUUCAAAGAUCCGAUGAUGAUGGAUCCUCCCAUCUGGUUCAAAUCCUUCGUUUUCUGCGAGGCACUUGUUCAGUUUCCUUUCUUUCCCUUUGCGGCUUAUGCGUUUCUGAAAGGUGGCUGCAGGUGGAUCAGGACACCAGCAAUGAUUUACUCUGCCCAUGUAGCCACAACUUUAAUUCCCAUCCUGGCCUACAUCCUUUACCAUGACUUUCCAACGACCCCCCAUCCAGGACCCCAGACCUGGAACGAACGCUGGUUGCUAGUGUCUAUCUAUGCUCCGUACCUUCUGGUCCCAGUCAUGAUUUUGCUCACUAUGCUCUACAGCUCAGCAUACAACUCUAACUCUGCAGGUGGAAAAGCUAGCGCAAAAGCCAAGAAACUUAAAUAGAUGUAACCAGACUCUAACCAGAAUCUUCACUAAUACAACUGACUGUACACAUGCCCAUGCUUUAAUUUAGUAUCGUCUACAUAAACACGCUUUUUUGAUUCUUUACAGUUUGUAAUAACCUCAGAUUCUUAAACUAGGCACGGCCUUGCAAAUGCCCUCAUGUAAAUCUGUCAAUUAUUUUGUUGUCAACACUGUGCAGAGGGUAGAUAAAUACACAGGAUGGGGAAAUUGAGUUUUUAAAAUGAAAUAGUACUGUACUGUCGGCUUGUUAAUCAUCUAGUUUUGAUUAGGUUUUCAUUGUUGCCCAGCAUUUCAUUGUUUGCAGAAUCUUCAUAAAGCAUGUAACCCUUAUCUGACUGAUCUGUCAGAAAUCUGUCUCACAUCAGCAUUAAUGCCACUGGUAGAUCAUUAAAAACACAAACUAGUGCAAAUCAUUUUUAUUUCAUUUCAAGUACACUUCAAAUAACAUGAAGUAUGUCAAAAUGUUUUCAUAGAUUAAAUACAUCAAUGUAUAUGGGCAACAUUUUAUGCACAAUGUAAACAAAUAAUCAUUUUAAAUGCACUGUUUGGUAAUAAAAGUCUCCUGAAUUUCUAAUG